AGAGUCAAGGGAGUGCCCCGACUGCUUCACAUUCUCCGUUUACCCUGGAACUGCAACAAAGGAUUUCACGCAGGAGAAAAGAAUCUGGGUGUGGAAAUAAUGGCUACAAUCAUCUUGCUUUUGCCACUGGUCCUUCCACUCAUCGCUGCCCAAACAUUGCACUGGGGGCCUUGUCAGACACCAAUGGUUCAACCCAACUUUGACCUCAACAGGUACAUUGGGAAAUGGUAUGAAAUUGAAAAACUCCCUGCAAGUUUUGAGAGAGGAAAAUGUAUUGAAGCUAACUAUGCUGUGAGGCCUGACCAUACCAUCCAAGUGCUCAAUGUGCAGACCUAUAAAGGAAAGGUCAGGACAGCAGAGGGAACUGCUGUCAUCCAGGACGCCAGGGAGUCGGCAAAGCUUGGAGUCAGCUUUUCCUACUUUACUCCCUACAGCCCAUACUGGAUCCUGUCCACCGACUAUUCCAGUGUGGCUGUGAUCUACUCCUGCACAGAUAUCAUGAGGGUCUUCCACAUAGACUAUGCCUGGAUCCUUGGCCGCUCCCGCAUCCUGCCAGCUGAGACUGUGUUCCGUGCCAAGGAACUUUUCUUUCAUGCCAAAAUUGACAUCAGCGGCAUGAAGGCAACAGAGCAGCGUGGUUGUGAUAUCUUCUGAGUUGCUAUUCUAGAAUGUUGUUGUAUGACUUAUACCUUGUGUAACCUCCCAGUUGCAGGACAUUUCUUGUAGCCUAUUUAAUGAAGAGGUUUAUUUUUGGCUUACAUAAAUGAUCAAUUGUCAUAUUAAGUAGAUUGGGAAACUUCUUUAUUACUGGGUUUUUAAAUAGAUGUAUU